GGGGGUCAUCAGGAAGUUCAAUGUGAUUGGUGAUGCCUCUCUUGCCUUGGUUGGUUUUGCAGGUCCGGGUUCUGGGCACGGCUCCUCCUUGGUCUCACAGUCACAGCUGUUCUGGAUGGAAGGGUGCCGCUGUUAUAUCUGGGGGUCUCCUCAAAUCCGGCCUUCCCACUGGAUCAAUUUAUAUCUUACAUCCACGGCAAACGCAUUUCGAGUGGGAGAAGCUGGAGACCAGUCCUUCUCUCACUCCCAGGUACGCUCACACCUCACACGUGAUUGGAGAUAAGCUGCUUCUGGUGGGAGGAGUUUGGAUUCACAGACGAGGUGUACCGGGGCUGGCUGUUGUAGAUCUGAAGACCGGACAAGUCGGCGAAUUUCAACUUAACACUGCUUCAUUAACAUGGCCGCUAAUGCUGCAUGGUCACAGUUCUGUUCUUCUUCAAGACUCAAAUCAGAUUGUUAUUCUGGGCGGAGGCGGAACCUGCUUCUCAUUUGGGACUCAUCUUAAUGCGCAGCCUGUAGUGGUGGAUCUUCUCUCUGCGCCAAGUCAGACCGUCCCACUAGGCCUUGGUGCAGAUGGGCCCGGCAGGUCUGACAAGUGAGCUGACGUCAUCAAGCUGAAAUCUACAGACUGCUCAGGCAUGUGACGGUUCUACAGACUGCCAGAGGUUUCACGGGUUAAGAAGAGGGAUGUUGGAGACUGACCAGCCGCUACUGGAAAAAGUGACAUCACUGAGACAAGAGUUGCCCUUUUCCCAACUUGUUUCUCUCUUUAUCAUUGCUUUGUCAGGACAUUAGGGUUUUUCUCCAAACCUGGGUAUGGAGUAAAAAUAUUUAAUUCUUAUCCAAUCAAGGGAUAUAGGAAGUUUUAAACCUGUGGGGUUAUACUGCCACCAACAGAAGGAUUCAGCACUUGCAAA